UCUCCUCUCCUGCUCGGGGUUUUACCUUCCACGGGGCUUCCAAAUGUCAGACUCCCUGCUCAACCACUCCUGGCCGUCGUUUUCCAAGCGCUGGAAGAAGAGAUGGUCCUUUAAGCGAGGAUCCGACUGCAAGCCACGCUUACGGGAAUUCACUGACCACAGCAACCCUGCUUUGGAGUAUCCCAACCCCAAAAGCUUCCUCCCGUCCCUGAUAGCUGAGGAUGACACCUUCUGCACCAGUAUGGCUGAAGAAAAGGAGGACUCAUCUUCCAUGGAGUUGGAUGUCCCAGCAGCAGACAUGCACAGCAGCACAGAGGAUCUCCUCUCAGACUCUGCUCUCCACGGGUCGGAGUAUUACAGAGACCUGGGACUCCUGAGCCCACCAGUUGCCAAAACAGCACCAGAGGCGGCAGCGCAGCCAGAACAAGCAGCGCAGGCUGUGUCUGCUGUCCGCUUAUUGGAGGAGAGACCAAGGGCUCUGAGCAAAAUGUCUGUGGAUGUUGCUUUUUCCAACCCUGUUUCCUCCUCGGUACGUUACGGCGAGGCCGACUGCCGCUUUCUGAACAAAGGCCACGUUUGCUCCUGCGCAACGGUGCCAGAAGAUGGUACCAGCACUUCUGAGUGUCCUGCAGAGGCAGACAAAGAGCUGGACCUGCAGGAGGCCAAAGACUUCUUCCCCACGCUGGUGAGAUCCAUGUCUACCUCUCGGAGGCACAGCUGGGAGAGCCCUUUGUCACCCGUGGACUGCAAGCGCAGGUUCAGCCUGGAUACCACAGAGAUGGGCAGCGACCCAGAGCAGGAGGAUGUGGAGAAGGGGAGCCAGUCCUGCCCGCCGCCUCGUGUGUCCCUUCAGCUGCCCAAAGGGGAACUGGAAAGCUGGCGAGGGGGUGGCAUGGUGAUCAAAGUGGAGAUAGAGCCAUUGCACCCCAACCUCACUGUCAGCCCCGGCUCGGAGGAGGCGGAACGUGGCAGCAAUGGGAAGAGACUGAGGUCAAAGUCUGUCCCAUCAGCCUGUGAGACAGUUGCCUCCCCUCAGAUACCCUGCAGUUUUGACACUUCUCUUCCAGCCGUGGAAGGUGUUGAACCCCCUGCUCUGGAGAUGCUGGAGAAGGACCACGUGUCCCCAGACCACGUGCUAAUUGUCCAGCAGGUACUUCAGGAGCUGAAACAAUAUCAUGGGGCGAAGCAGGGAGUUUGUGUGCCAGAAGGCAGCGAUUCUUCCCAGCAGAACCUCACCUGGUUUGAGUUCCUGUCCAACGAAAAUGAGGACAGUGGAAAGACUGAUAAAGCAGAGAAAGGCACAAAGGUGAUGCGACGCCUGAGUUCCCUGCGGAGCCGAGUCACUGGGUCCUGGCAGAAGGAUAAGGGUAAGAACAAAGAGCAGCCAAAAGAGAGAGAGAAGGAGAAAGAGACAAAGGAGCCAAAAGAGAGAUGGAAAGAGAUCAAUGGGCACCAGCUCGUGCCAGGGGUUUUCUCCAGUUGCACCAGCUGCUCCCUGUGUGCCAAACCCCUUGUGAAUAAAAGUGGUCUGCAGUGCCUGAAUUGUGCAGUGAAUGUCCAUAAGAACUGCAGGAGUUUACUGGCUGAAUGCAGCAGCAUCAGACCCAAGCAGAGAGAUUUGCAGCACAGACCUUCUGGAUCUCCACAGAGUUCGCCCCAGUGCAUUUCCCCAGCAGCUUCUCUGAAGGAGCAGCCCCGAAGUCUUCUCCUGGGACCGGAUGGCACCCCAGUACUCUCACGGAAUCUCGGUAUGACUAUCGCCCAAAGAGGAAAUUCUCAGUCUUCGUUGAAUACUGCUGGAGCUGUUAAUAAAUUUGGACUAAUUUCAGGAGACAUGGAUGAAGGGGAUUCAGGCUUUAUAAAAUUUAAGCAGACUUCAGAUGAUGUUGUCUCGCUUGCACCUUCAACAGCAGACUCCAUUUUUCUGGAAGAUGCAUAUUCUGUAUCCCUCCGAAGUGAAAUAGAAACGGAUGCUCAUGAGUUUGAGGCAGAGUCUUGGAGUGUUGCAGUGGAACAGGCAUACGCAGAAAGGCAAAAGAAAGAUGUUAGAAAAAGGCAAGAUGUCAUUUAUGAACUAAUGCAGACUGAAAUGCACCACGUUAGGACGCUGAAAAUAAUGCUGAAGGUGUAUUCCAAAGCCAUGCGAGAGGAACUGCAGUUCCCAAAUGCUGUCAUCAACAAGCUCUUCCCCUGUGUGGAUGAGCUGCUGGACCUGCACGGGCAAUUUCUGCUCCAGUUAAAGGAGCGCCGAAAGGAAUCCUUGGAAGAAGGGAGCGACCGGAAUUAUAUAAUCCAGAACAUUGGAGACCUCUUGGUAAAACAGUUUUCAGGUGAAAAUGGGGAGAGAAUGAAAGAAAAAUACGGUGUGUUCUGUUGUGGACACAAUGAAGCUGUUAGUCACUAUAAAGACCUGCUCCAAAGCAAUAAGAAGUUCCAGAACUUAAUAAAGAAAAUUGGCAACUGUUCCAUUGUGAGGAGACUUGGUGUCCAGGAGUGUAUCCUUCUCGUUACCCAGCGCAUCACCAAGUACCCGGUCUUGGUAGAACGUAUUAUCCAGAAUACAGAAGCUGGAACUAGAGAUUAUGAAGAGCUCACCCAGGCCCUUAGUUUAAUUAAGGAUGCAAUCACUCAUGUAGAUGCCAUGGUAAAUGAGUGUGAGAAAGGGCAGCGCCUUAAAGAAAUUAUGCAUAAAAUGGACCAAAAAUCAACUGGGAAAUGCAAGAAUGGGCUUUUCUUCCGGAAGGAUGACAUGGGACAGAGGCGGCUUCUGCUGGACGGGAUGCUCUACUGGAAAGCUGCAUCAGGGCGACUCAAAGAUAUUCUGGCAGUCCUGUUAAAUGAUGUACUGUUGCUUUUACAAGAAAAGGACCAAAAAUACACAUUUGCAUCAGUGGACUCUAAACCACCAGUUAUCUCAUUGCAAAAGCUGAUUGUGAGAGAGGUAGCUAAUGAGGAAAAGGCAAUGUUCUUAAUUAGCGCUUCCUUAAAAGGACCAGAAAUGUAUGAAAUCCACACAAGUUCAAAAGAGGAGAGGAAUUCCUGGAUGGCACACAUCCGCAGAGCUGUGGAAAGCUGUCCUGAUGAAGAAGGAGGAACAUUUAAUGAACCUGAAGCAGAGAGGAGGCUGGCUGAAGCCAGAGCUGCUAAGUUAAGAGAGUUUCAAGAGCGUUUGAACAUGAAAGACGACCUGAUUCUGCAAAGUCUAACCGAGAAGCAGCAGAUUUAUCUAGAAAUGUCUGAAAUGAGUGGGUUUGAAGACCAUUCCCAAGGAUCCCGAUCCAAGCUACUUCUGCGGGGGGAUACCUCCGAAAAUCUGCAAGGAGAGGCAAUACUGAAGUCUGCAGUGACAGAAGCUGAAAAUCUCCAGAACCUUAUUGUCACUCACUUUGGCAAUGGAUCCUCUCAGCCUGAGGAUGGCUCUGGGUCGGGACUCGCCAGGAGAGCAGAGACCUUUGGAGGAUACGACAGUAGUCCCUCAGUUUCAAAUAAAAGUGGUAGUUUUAGGAAGAACAGUGGUGGUGACCAGAGACAGUGGGACUGGAGAGGCCCAGCAGUAAGUUCAGAUGUGCAGCUCCAUGACCUCCCUUCUGACACGGAAGAAGGAUCUCAAACCAGUGAUGCAACGAGGCUGGAUGACAGCAGUGGUUCUCAGCCCACCAUAGAGUCUCAGCUGGUCCAGAGGAUCCAAACGCUGUUACAGUUGCUCUUCAGUCUUCAGGCAGUGAUAUCUCAGCAGGACAGCUACAUCGAGAUGCAACGAGCCACCAUGGUAGACCGGGAGAAGCAAUAUCGGCUGCAGUCUACGCGGGGCAACCUGCUGCUGGAGCAGGAGAAACAGAGGAACUUUGAGAAGCAGAGAGAAGAAAUGAUGAACGUACAGAAACUCCAGAACCAGCUGAAGCUGGAGCAGCAGCGCCUGGAGCGGGACAGGAGUCGGCAGCAGCGGGAGUUUGAAAGCACAGAAGCUCGGCUGCAGGAGCGCGAGGAGGAGACUCGGCAGCUGAGAGGGAAGUUGAACCAGGAGAGAGAAGAACUUGAGAGGCAGCGAGAGGCCUAUCAGCACGACCUGGAGAGGCUGAGGGAGGCUCAGAGGGCAGUGGAGAAAGAGAAGGAGCGUCUCGAUCAGCUAAGGAAGCUGAAGAAGCAGAACACGGUGUCGGGCACGUUCUCCCCAGAAAUGGGACAGAACCUACUAAGUCAUUCCAUGAGCUUCAAUGGAGAAGGGGUGGAAUCAUCUCUACCCAUCUCCAAAACCUCUGUGAGAGUGAGUGUCUCUGGGCUGGAUUACCUGGAAAGGCCAGACUUGGUUCGGAGGGACAGUACCACCCUGGAGAAUCGGCCGGUUCUUGCUCUGAAGAAUGAAGUGCCAAUACAUCUCCUGAGUGCAACUAAUCAGAUCCAGAAACCAGCUGCUGUCCAGCAGCAGAUUCCUACAAAACUGGCCACUUUCACAAAAGGAAGCAAAGAGAAAGGUGGGAAGAACAAAGCAUCUCAUAGGACAGACAGCUCAGCAUCUGUUGAUCAGAAGCAGCUGCUUCCCCCCUGGCUCGUCGCUCGAGAGGAGGGUGUCCUGAGAGGCCGACGAUCAGCGAGUCCGGUCCUCCCAAGCAGCCAGACCCCUGCGUUCCAGCCAGAAUUGUAUGGCCCUACAGAUGCUCAGCCAGAAGCACCUUCAUCUGCCUCAGCGAACCUAUUCAAGCCCAAUAACGUUCACGUUCAGACCCUGGUGACCUCUCCGCCGAGUCUGUUGAAUGUGCAAGAUGAUACCAGCAAAGAAGAUGUGAUUUUCUUCUAAUUCUUUCCAUUUAAAGAUUAAUCUGCUGAUAGACUGUUCCAAGAACUCAGGCCGCAGUGUUCAACGCGACAGAGACCUGACGUGGGUGUCUCUUCAUCCCUGCCCUGUUGCUUCUCGCGAGGACCAGACCAGGAUUCUUUGUUCUACUUUGUUGGCUCCUCUGCCAGCAGCUCAGAAUGAGGGCACAGCAGUAACAAUUUGCUUUUAAAUCCUCCAAACACGGAAAUGUAUUGACACAUGGCAUGGGUAUAUAAAUUCAGAGCGUAUUGAAAUGCUGCCACUGAUUGUAAUUUGCUCUUUUUAGAGAAUGUACACUCUUGGUGGGUCCUGUCUUAUAAAUUGUUAUAGGUGAUGGUUGAACCGCCCAGAUUUUUACGUAAAAAGGUUUAGUAGGCCUCAAAAUGGCUGUGAAUUUUAAAAUCCAUUCUCACAGGUUCAUGGUUGGUGAUGGCUAACAGUGUGUUGAUAAUUAGUUGACUACCAAGCCAGUCUCCUUACAGCCAGAUGUGACAGACACCGCGAUCCCGCUCAGAGCAGGCAGAGUUUCACUGUUUCUUCAGUGAAUUCAGUGGAGCACGUGCUGGGUGGCCAGGUAUGGUGGAAGAGAGAAGGUAAGCUUCUUAACGGCGUCUUCAGGGGUGAGGAGCUCCACCUGCCUCUGGAUGGAAGGGCUGGACAUGUGAAAAUGCACGAUGGAGAUGAAGAGUUGGACUAAAUGCACAUUUCAUUGGCCAUCAGCUCACACUGGGGUCCCUGUCUCCUUGGGUUGGCUUUCCACGUUGGUGAGAGCAGAACAGGUUCCCAAGCGAAACUCCGAAUGGACUUAAGAGACUUGGAUUUUGUCCUUUGCUGAAGACGUGUAGGAGAAGCGUUUGAAUGCAGUAAUUUAUUGUCUCGUUUAAUCCUAAAUUUUCUGCAUCUUUUUGUUUGUCUGUGAACUCAUUGGGACUUUGCUCCAAGUACCAGAAGAUAUCAAAGCUGCUGUUAACUGCAGAGGCUUCUCUGCAGCACUGUGUUAGGAAUGAAGGGAAUAAGAACUGUUUGGUUUUAAAAUUGAAAAAAAAAAAAAAAAAAAAAAAAAAAAAUUCCUCUUAGCUAAACCUGUGUUGGUUUAGCUGCUUAUGGCUAAACCAGCUUUGAUACCUCUCGUUAAAUGGGUCAGUUCUUAAUCGUGGAAUGGUGAUGACAUUAAGUGUUCUGCUCGAAAGGCAUUAUUUCCCUUUGUAGUAAUUUGCACAGUCUUUUUGUUGUGUUCUGUUACUUCCCUCUGUGUCUCUAUCACACACAUCACCGAAGGAUGUAUAUUCCCCUAUAUGUUGAAUGUGACUGGUCAGAUAUAUUGUGCACAGGAGAGAUUGUUUGGAGGGUAUUAUUCCAGAAUUAAAGAAAUCAGUAUCUCGGAGCUUAAGAACUUGGGUUAAUAGCUUUCUGAACAUGAUAAUGGCUUCUUUUAUAUCUUUAACCCUGAGUUAAAGUGAUUUUUGGCACUGGUGGAUGGGAUGCCUGGUCAGUUCUCCAUCCAGUCGCGUAGCGAUGGCAGUUUGUCAAUCUCUUCAAACCACUGUUGCUGUCUCAGUGGCAAAGAAAUUGAAAAAUCCAGAUUUACUGGUCAGUGUGAGAAGGAAAAGAUAAGCUACAAAAUACUUGGUUGGUUUUAUGGAGCAAGAGCUCCUUGCUGUAAUGCUCUGUGAAUUGAAGGGUGGUUGUCUUCAAGUGGUGUUGGCAUAAACCUGAAGCGGCGGCGCUGAGCUGAGUGAGAGGAAAACUCCAAACCAGAGUGGUGAUACUCCCCCAAAAAAUGAUUACUGUGAAACUGGGCACGCGUCGCUACGAUACCAAAGGACUGUUUGGUAAAUCCUCAGCACUGCAGAAUUUCUGCAGGUCCUCAGUGGCUAGAUUUGCAGAAGACAGUAUGGGGGACAUAGUGA